UUUUGGGCGCGAAAUCUGCCGCAUAAAAACAUUUUUCGCACUCAAUAAAGGCCAAUUAAGUAAACAGCAUGAAGUGCAAGAUACCAGAAAUCUCGUGGCACAACCGCGAUCCCGUUCUGAGUGUGGACAUUCAGCAAAAUGGGCAGGGACUACGUUCGCCGGCGAUGUGUCGACUGGCCUCCGGUGGCACCGAUGCCCAUGUCCUCAUUUGGUACGUGAACCGUGGGGAUGAUGCCGAGGGCGUGAAUUUGGACCUGGCUGCCGAUCUCUCCCGCCAUCAACGCGCCGUCAACACAGUCAGAUGGUCACCAAAUGGCGAACUCCUGGCCUCCGGCGAUGAUGAAAGUGUCGUGUUCAUCUGGAAACAGAAGGCCGACCACGAAGUGAUUAAUAUUGUGGACGCUGACGGAUGCAGCGAGCAAGACAAGGAGGUCUGGAUGACCCUGAAAGUACUGCGCGGACAUCGCGAGGAUAUCUACGACCUCAGCUGGGCACCCAACUCAAUGUUUCUAGUCACCGGAUCCGUUGACAACACCGCAAUGUUGUGGGACGUCCACAAGGGCAAGUCGCUGGUCAUUCUCGACGACCAUAAGGGUUAUGUACAGGGCGUGGCCUGGGAUCCCUGCAAUCAGUACAUCGCGACCAUGAGCACCGACAGGCAAAUGCGCAUAUUUGAUGCGAAUACCAAGCGAGUGCUCCACCGGGUUAGCAAAUGCGGUUUCCCGGUCAAGGAAGGUCACGAGAUGGACGGCAAGAGUAUACGGCUCUACCAUGAUGGCACCUUACCGACCUUCUUUCGACGUUUGUGCUUCACUCCCGAUGGCAAGCUGCUCCUUACGCCCGCGGGAAUCACCGACUACGACGGUGUGGUGAAGCCCAUAAACACCACCUACGGGUUCAGUCGCUAUGAUCUGUCCAAACCCGCCUUCGUACUGCCUUUUCCCAACGAAUAUGCGGUGGCCGUUCGCUGCUCUCCGGUUCUGUACCGUCUGAGACCGUACAAUGCGGAGAAGAACCCGCCAAUUAUCAAGCUGCCGUACCGAAUGAUCUAUGCUGUGGCUACAAAGAACUCGGUUUUCUUUUACGAUACUCAGCAGUCUGUACCGUUUGCCAUUGUAUCGAACAUUCACUACUCCAGGCUUACCGAUCUAACUUGGUCCAGUGACGGAACUGUUCUGAUCGUGUCUAGUACCGAUGGCUUUUGCUCCUUGCUGACCUUCGAACCAAAUGAACUGGGCGAACGCUACGAGGAAAUGGAUGCAGUGCUGAGCGCUGCCCUAAAAUAUUCGGAGAACGUGCCGCUGCCCAAGAAAAAAAAGAACAAGCUUCGCAAAGCAUCUUCGGAUGAGAUUGUAGCUACAAGGAAACCUCUGCAGGAGAAGACCAAACCUAAUACAAAUGCGAAGGCUGCAGGAAAUGGAAUUAAAGAGGAGGGCGAGACCGAUUUGGAUGCCGAGAACGAUUCCUCCAUGCACAGUGCCAGUUCGUCCAACUCCAACAGUCCCAAAUCGAAGCCAAAGGAGGAGGUCAAGCCCACACCAAUUGCCUUCCGACGUUCGCCCCGUAAAGUUACGACCACGCCAAUGCCGAUUGCUAUUCGCAGAGCCCCGCGUAAGCCAGAAGAGAGUGAAGAAAGCAAGUCAUCCAAGGCUAAAAGUGAUGCUGAAGUUACAUCUUCAGAAACUCCUAAGGUUACGACCACGCCAAUGCCGAUUGCUAUACGUAGAGCGCCGCGUAAGCCAGAAGAGAGUGAAGAAAACAAGUCAUCCAAGGCUAAAAGUGAUGCUGAAGUUACAUCUUCAGAAACUCCUAAAGUAGAGAAGUCAGACGUCAUGGCAUCCCCUGUAAAGCGAAAGAUCAGUACUGAGGCAGUGCCUCCAACAGAGACAUCACAGCCUGCAAUUGUGUUGAUUCCCGGCAUCGGCAAGGAAAUCAUUAGUUCGGAUGAGAAGUUUGAGUCGCCGGAGAAGAAGUCUCGACCCGCCACGCCUAUCCAAGUGCGUCGCCAGCCCAGGACUCCUGGAAGCUCCAGCUCCUUCAAUCUAACGCCGAAAAGCCAACCCGCCAAACAAGCCACUCCGAUUGCCGUUAGGCGAACUCCCCGCGUACUCGUCGAAAUGCCCGUCAACUCGCCUGUGGUGCCAAUGGAAGAGGCCAUGGAUGCCUGGCCCCUCGAGGAGGGCAUUACACCCCUGCCAACAACAAAAAAGGAUUCACAAGAGCCUCUGCCGGAGGUCAAGAAGACGGAAACGAAACAGGCUGCGGUUAUCGCCGCAAGCGAGGUCACUUGUGAGCGAACGGAGGACAUUCGCCUGGUCUACGAGGACACGCAGGAGGGAACCCCAAUCAAGGCUGCGGAACCAACGCCAUCCACGCCCACCAACAAGACGCCACGGCGUGUUUCCUUGCGAACCAUUUCCACGCCGAAGUCGAAAAAGAAACUUUUAGAGUAGGCAUUGCAAUAGAUUAGUCUUACAGAUUUAUACAAGGGGAAUUCCUAAAACCGAAUACGGUUUUAGGCCAAAUUGGGGUUACCCCAUAUAAUUUGUGAAAAAGAGUAUCAUCAAAAUUCCAAAAUAAAACAUGAGACAAGGUUUAAAAAAAA